AUGGUGAGUUUUGAAUGCCCAAGUCCUAAAUUAACUUGGAGCGUCAAAACGUCGAGUCGUGAAUGCGACUGUGCUUCUUGUCAAAACACGUACGAAAACAAAUGCUGCAGUAUAGUGUACGUUGCGGUUCGCAGAAAGGUUGACUAGCGUAUAGUUGUACGUACAAUUAAAGGCCAUGUAAAGUCCGUAAUGUAAACAAACGCUUUGUUUACAUUUUGAACUCAGUGCUACAGUUGUGAAAUAUGAUUAGAUAUAUAUUAUACUGAAUCAGUUUUAACACUCUUCUGGUUCGCUAUGCUUGUAAAUAAAUACAGACUGAGAGAUACAAUUCAAGAAAGUUCGGAAGGUGCGAAAUAUUAAUAACAUUCCAAUGGUCGGGUCCCGACCAUUGGAAUGUAGGCCUGCGCAGAACGUAUGCGCAGAAUGGACUUUACAUGUGUUGAAGCCAUGACUUUAGAACACCGUAUUUGUAAUGAAAUCACUCUUUAUUUUUACGUUUAUUACAAAUGUAGUUUUGUACAGUAAGUUACUUUCACGAGGGAGUUCAACUAACAACACAACAAUCCCAUCAUGCAUUUGUCUCUCAGUAUUACGUCAUACUAAUAUUUGGAUAACAUACAGUUUUAUAUUGAACUCAACAACAUGGUCUUUAAGAAUGCGCAUGGUUGCUGCAUGGUACAUUUCAGCACUACUGUUAGAAAUUGAAACGGUCUUUACCAUCGAAUGUCGAAAACUGACUUGCUGUUCAUCGAGUUGAUUCCCCAUUGAAAAGGAUGCAUCAGCGAGAAUUACAUAACACUGACGAAUUAAACAACAUGUUAAUUGUUUGUAGCACCGCAGAAUCAAAUGCAAUUUGAAUUAAUUAUUUUUUGUUCAAUCCUAACACAAAUUUUGAACUUUCAUUUAGUAAACGGCUUCGCCACGUUUCAAGUAUAUAUGUGAACACUGCUCCACUAGAAAUACAUAUAUAAAAUUCAAUUACAUGCAGAUCUGUUUCUGAACAUACCGAAUUAUUUGCUGAAAUGCAGAACAAUUCGAACACGUACAAUGUGUAUUUUUUAUUUAGCACGCUAAGCAUAUAGUUCAAUUCAGUUACAUCUUUUUUCGUUUUCACCAGUCGGCAUCAUCGCCACCAGGGUUGUACGAAAACCACAGAUAAAGUCAAAACUGUACUCAAACGAUCUGGUCUGAAAGAAUGUUCAACAGAUUACCAGUCCUCGUAUCAGGCUCCGCCCUGCAACUUUGUUCGCAAGAUAAGACGUCCGUUACCACGGCUACGAAAUCCAAAUCCACCUCCUAUGGAUUUUCGAACCAUAACUAACACAGAGUAUGUACAGCAUGGUGAUUUUGAAGGCCCUCCCAGACCUAUCAAGGUAGGUACAGAUCAGCUGAGCUUACGUAUAAUUGUAUAUGCGCCUCAGUACCCUACCAAUCUACCAUAUUGGACUGUUCCUAUACUAACCCUUUUCCAGGAACGUCGGUUGGAACUUGGAAGUCAACGUGUUAUUAAAACCUUUCAAAUAAUUCAUGAAGCAAUUAUUCAAUCUUGAGUAAGAAAUUAGUCACGUGCAUACGUCUUUAUACCAGCUAAAGAACACUUUAACAAAAGACCAUUGUUAUGCAAACUAUAUAAAGAUUUUUAUAUAAAGAUUUUUAUAUUAAGAUUUUUAUAUAAAGAUUUGACUUAUUAUGCAAACGUUUUUGAAGCCAUUUAAAAAACUUGCAGGUCGUAUUUGAUUAGGUCUAAAGCCACUCGCGCUGCGCGCUCAUGGCUUUAAACCUAAUAAAACACUCCUGCUCGUUUUUUAAAUAGUACAUCAAACUUUGGAAAUCAAACUUUGGCCGAGCUUCAAGCGAAAUAGUUUUAGGACUGGGGAGAGCAAAAAAUGGGAGGAAAAUGUGUGGAGGAGGCUAUUUUGCCGAUAUGUUUCUCCGAAACUACUUAUGGAUGAAAAUAGCGUUAUUACCCAUUCGUUUUAUAUCUAAUACACAAAACGUGUAUAUUAAGUACUUAAUUAAUAUAGAAUGAAGUAUCAUAAAUUAAUCCAGACGUCAAAAGUAUAUAAUCAAAAUUUCAAGUAAACACUCUCCGCCAUUAUUUUGUUAAUUUAAAUAUCUUGAAACAAAUUAUAGCGAUAUUACAUUUAUUAAACGACGUUUCGAUGCUACAUGCAGCAUGCAUCAUUUUCAAGUUAUAUAGUAAUUACAUUUAUAUUGCGUUAUUUAUUGCGUUUAUUAUUUUGUUUUAGUUAACAAUCGUCUGAUUUAAUGAGUUGAUUUCAUGAUUUAAUAACCUGGCCGGCAUGUAGCCCGCGUGCAUGCCCAAGGGAAGAAUAGUGGGCCUGCAAGCAAUGCCCGGUAUUUUUCAUAACACGCCCCAAUUCGCGCGUCAAUUGUCAAAAAAGAAUCAAUGUCAAUGACAGCAACCCAAAUAGUAACAAACAAACUCGCAUUAAAAUGAUGCGGGGUUUUCUCUGCUUAUUUCAAAUGCUGUGGGGUUUUCUCUGCUUAUUCAAAUGUUGCGGGGUUUUCUCUGCUUAUUCAAUGGCUGUGUUUUAACUCCAAUAAAGCAAGCAACGCAGUCAGUAAUUGCCAAAUUUGCAAGUGCUCAUUUUCAACUAAAAUCGGAACAGGCAAAUUAGGACGAAUUUCAACAGAAAAUCAGUCUCAAACUUCAAAUCGUGAGGGAAGUCGUUCGACCACAUCAGCAUUAAUGUGUGCUUCGCUGUCGCCAUUGUUAUAAAUAAAUUGUCUCACUUAUCAGAUCGUGUGUGCAAUUCUUGUUGGCGGCGGAAAGUACGAAAUUUAUUUCAGUUAUUUCAUUUGGUAAAGAACUCUACAAAAGAAGAGAGCGUUCAGAGUCCAGAUCGUUUCGUUUCAAACGGCAAUUACCGUCUUCUGUUUCGCUCUCUCAGCGAAGCCUUGCAAAUCGCAAAGUGUUUCGAAUAGGCUUACAUGCAUGCAACUGCCUCUAAAUCUUCACCGCGAAAAGCGCUGUUUUCUUCAGUGCAAAAACAGAGUCAACAUUAACCAAAAGAUAAUUUUCUUGAGGAACAUAUAACGUAUCAAGUCUGUUUGAAAUUAAUGAAACUCAAGUAAAGUACUAAAGGUUACUAUAGUUUACCCCAGUCGUAAUGUUGCUAUUCCAACACUUCACGAUCGACAAGCAAUCCCCAUUGGCAUAACGGCAAAAACAUCUCUUCCUUCAAGUAAACAAUAAACAGUCCGUUCUUGUUCCAUUUUUAAUCGAAAACAGUGAUCAAUUUUCGAAUUUUAAGCUUAUCGAGAGCCUUUGUAUGAUGAAUCUAUAUAUUAUACAAUCCAACAGCAAACAGCCAAUCAGAAUGCCGCGUUCGUGGGCGAACGCGGAAAGUACAAAAUACCGGGCCUUACUUGCAGGCUCACUAUUCUUCCCUUGGGCCUGCACGCGGGCUAGCCGGCAUGAUUAUCGGACUAUAGCUUUGAGUGAUUUGAAAUAGAGACGUUUCAAUAGGCUUGCAAGGCUAUCAAGCCUACUCAAUUGAGCCAAAAUCAUUUUGGCUCAAUUGAGUAGGUUUGUUAGGCUUGCAAAUCUAUUGAAACGUCUUUAUUUCUAUUUUUUACUGUGAAAACGUUUAGCUUCAAGACAAUCACCAGGGAGUGUCAAAUGGAGAAUUUGACGGCAAGACCUCGUACGCUGUUGCCUAUACCAAUCGUGGCCAACCUAGUGAAGUUAAACUCACUCGCCCGGUUAACAGUGCGAUACAGCAACCCAAGUACAAGUUCUCAGAUGAGACUACCCACAAUGUGACAUUCCAAGCGAAGAGAGCCGAGCCAUCGAUGGGCUUUUCCGAACUUCCUUCGUUCAUGGGUUCAAUACUUUACCCAGACCCGAAUUCUGAAAAUUUGCGCACAGUUAAUCAAGAGUCGUAUCAAGGAAAGUUUGCACCGAAGAGUGAGUUUUGCGGACCUCGCAAAGCCGCCAUCACACUAGGAACUGAGGGCGAAUACGAGCAUGAAACGGUGCAUCAGGCUACGUACAAGAAACACGAAGAAGAUUUAAAACGCUCACCGAAAGUAAAAAACCCGGCCAUAAAGCUUUCAGAACGUGUCAAAUUCAACGCAACCACCCAAGCACAAAGAGAUUUUCCACGUUAUAAGAAAGGUACUGAGAGACAUAUAAAGUAAAUAAUAGCUUUUUAAAUAAUAGCUUUUGUUAUAUGGCUAGGCCGGGUGAACACCAAACAUGAUUGGCUGAUUUGUGGUCACGUGGCUUUAGAUAAACGCAAUAUAUCCUGCCGAGCAACAAGUGAAAAAUUGUUUCCCGCCCCGACCGGCUACGUAUAUAUUACAUAAAUAAACAAAAUGGCACAACUCAUAAGUUUAUUUAUAACUACGAUUUUUCAAGUUUGUGUUGAAAUAAGGAAUGUAAUAGAGAAGAAAAAUACACAACAGGGAACACGGAUAUGCUGUUGAAACCGCUUAAGAAGGUUCUUUUAAUUUUGAACUCGUUUACACUAUAGUCUAUACAGUUUUUGUCAUCUCGGGAAAACAAAACUUUCCACGAGAGUAGAUAUCAAGUGCAUAAUAUGAGUUUUGAUUUGAUUGGGAGAACGGAAUAUUACAAGCGAGAGAAUACAGAAUAUUAGCGAGAGAAUACAGAUUUAUGCCCAGGUGGUAUGAGAAAUAUCUAUAGGAAGUGAAUAGGGGUAUACAAAUCUGCCGAUCCGCCCAAAUUUGAAGCAAAAUCCGCGAUCCGACGAUUGUUUUGUCUAAAUUUGAAUCCGCUAAAAGCUCUACUAUGAAGUCACAAUCCAGGAUCCGAACUAAAUUGCAAGCUAAAUCCACAAUCCGAGCCAAAAUAUUUGGUAAAUCCGCAAUCCGCAGUAUUAAUAAGAUCCGCAAAUCCGUGUAAAAUAUUCGUCAGAUCCGAAAUCCGAACAAUUUUUUCUGUGAAAUUCGACUAUCCGAAAACCCCCCCCCCUAUAGCAACACUUGUUAGACUAGACAAGUGACUAGAUCAGUGAAUGAAGCCACCUUAAAGAUUUUGGAGUCUAAACUAGGGGCAUGCAUUCUCAGACUGCAAUUACUGAAGGGUACGGAUUGGUGUCGCAUCAGUUAUUAAAUUACAAAAAAGAAAAUAUUAAAGCCUGCAACUGGCUAGGAGCUCAUAAUCCACUAGCAGAUGGAGUUAAUAAAUUAAUAAUCCAUCCCACCGACAGGUAAGAUUAAUCUCAUUUUAAUAUCCUAUAUUUUAUAGGUGCGUUUCCCGCUCCAGUCAAACCAUGUGCCCCAUAUCCAGCAACGAUCAACCUGGGAAUGAACACUUCUCAUGAUUUCACGACUACGAACAGAGAAAGAUACAAAGGCCAAUGGGAUGUGAGCUUUGUCAAAGCCAAACCGAAGGAAUCUCAUUAUACACUACCAAAGGAAAAAUUCCACACUACCACGCAAACGAUGGCUGAUUUCAAACCCAAGGAAACCACACGUGUUCGUAUUACAAAACCUGUGCAAAAUAUCCCUUCAAGUAAAAUAAAAUUAGCCGCCGAGACCUCUUACAAAACCCAAUUCCCAAAAUACGACGGCAUGGGUUCGUUGAAAAGAUACGGAGAUUUUCACGAACAAGGAUUUUAUCUAAAGCCAAUUCAGAAGUUUGAAGGCGAUUCAGUUACAGCAAGAGACUUCAUGCAACAUGAAGGAAUACGUCCACGAACCAGCUGCAAGCCAAAGCAAGAGCUAAGUGGUACCAAGGGAGAUAUGACUGGUGAAAGCGUAUAUCGUGCCACAUACAAACAGAAAGAAUCCCAAGAAUGUGCAUACGUCAAAUACUUGGCGGAUCACAAUAAAACUUUUGGACCAGCGAAAGUUGUGUCUGCAUGA